GCCACUUCCUGUUCGGCGGGUCCCGGCGCGGAGCAGCGGCACCGGCACCGGGCCCGGGUCCCGCACGGAGCCCCGGCACCGGCAGCGCGCCAGCGGCCCGGCCAGCCCGGCACUCCGUCCGUCCCGGCACCGCGGGCCGAUACCGCCUGGGCUCCGGUACCGGCAGCGAGGCUCGCGUGUGGAAGAGGCGCUCCCCUGAUCUCUCCAAGCGGCCUGGUGUGCGUCCUGAGCAAGAGGAGGAGCCCUUUGCAUCCCAGCCACGAGUGGAGCUGAGAGGAGGAGGAGCUGUGGUUUGACCUUCUGAGGAGGAUGGAUCAAAGCUCAGACUCUUCCAGAAUAUUUGCUGGGUAUGAUGAUGCUGAGAAUGCUGACGUGUAUGAAGAUGAACUUUAUCCCGAGGAGUCAUCCAGUGAGCAGAGUGUUGACAGCGAGGUGGAGUUUCAUCUCUAUAGCCAGAUCCACUACUCCCAGGAUCUUGGAGAAAUCAGUGCACUGGAUGAAGAAGCUGAUGCUGGAGAAGCCAUGGCUCAGAGCUCAGGUCUAGCUGAGAAGGAGGAUGAAGAGAAGAACCUCACUGAGCUCGCUGAUGGUGAUACUCAGCUCGCAGAUGAGCCCGAGGUCAUCGUCCUGUCUGACACCCCAGAUGAAGACAGCAUCUACAAAAGCAAGGCGAAGAGGUCAAGAUGCUCUUCAGCUCAAGGGAAAGCACGCAUCCACCCGGUAUCUUCCACGCCAAACCACAGCAGAGCUGCUGGCUGUGGUGCCCUGUGUGCCCCUGUGUCUGGUGGGGGCACACCACAGCAGAGAGGCAGCAGUGGCAGGGCUGCCCCAGCCCUUCCUGCUGCACCUCAGGCCCCCCAGGACGUGCUGGUGAUAGACAGCAGCUCGGAGGAGGAGAGCCUGAUCUCUGGCAGUGAUGACAUCGAGAGCUGGAUGCUCCUGGGAGCUGGUGCUGAUGACAGGGAUGGAGACAUCAUGCUGAACCUCGAGGGCUGUGCCACUCCUGUCAGGAAAGGAAACAUUGAUGUGAACUGGUCCAUCUCUCAUAAAGACUUAGAGGCACAGAUCUCCAACUAUGCGGGCGUGAGGCACAGCAGCAUGCGGUACUACAGAGCUGACAAAAGUGUUACUUGUAGGAACUGCCACAGAACGGGACAUUUGUCCAAGAACUGUCCCACUCCAAAGAAAGCUCCCCCGUGCUGUCUGUGUGCAGGAAGAGACCAUCUGCAGCACAGCUGCCCAGCACGUUUCUGCCUGAACUGCUGCCUGCCCGGGCACUAUUUCAGGGAGUGCCUGGAGAGAGCCUAUUGGAACAAGCACUGCAACCGCUGCGACAUGAAGGGCCACUAUGCUGAUGCUUGCCCAGAAAUAUGGAGGCAGUAUCACCUAACAACGAAGCCCGGGCCCAUCAAGGCGGCGGGCGCGCACGCGGAGCGCGCGGUCUCCGUCUACUGCUACAACUGCUCCCGCCAGGGACACCUGGGAUACGAGUGCUCGGAGAAGAGGAUGCAGGGCAACAUGUUCCCCACCUCUCCCUUCGUCUACUACUACGAUGAUGAGUGUGACAUCAGGAGGAGAGCCAACAGGUUAAAGAGAAAGGUGGCAGACCUGCAGGAAGCUGGCCUUCUGCCAGAGCAGUCUGAAACACCGCUGCAGGAAGAGCAGCUUGAGGUGCCCAGCCAGAAGAAAAAGAGCAAACUUUGGAAGGAACACCAGGGCAAGCAAAGCAGGAGCAGCGAGCAGCAGAAGAAGCUGAAGGUGACCCGGGCGAAGAAGGCGCAGGAGGGGAAGCACAGGAAGGCUCCUGAAAUCCACGGGGACCCCGAGGACUUCCCCCGGGGGGGCAGGCAGCAGGGCUGCAAGGGCAGCAGGGCCCAGCGCAGGGGCCUGCUCCAGGCACACCCAGGCAGCAAGGCUGUGUGUGUGCCACAGCCUCCAGAAGGGGCCAAAAGGAAGAUGAAAUGGAAAAAGCAGAAAACUGCCAGUCCUGACAGCAGGGACAAUCUAUUCCUUAUAAAGCAGAGGAAGAAGAAGUCCAAACAGAAAUCCUGGUGAUGGCAGGUAGCUCCCCUGCUCUGGCUCUGCCUUCUCUUUACUCCUGUCCCUCUCUUAGCACACGAAUUGGAGUCUGUCCCUGACCCACCAUCACUCCCUGUCCAUCUGCACAGCCACAGGGGACCACUCCAUCUCCGUGAGCCACCCCAUGGCAGGCAGGGGCCAGAGCUCUGCCAGGGGUGCUCUGGAACCUGCUGUAUGUUUAUUGUCUUUGCUUGGGGCUGUGGGGGCACGCUGGGCUUGCAGGGUUUGUUUGUUCAGCACUGAGAUGUGGCUGUGCUGUUGGAGCACAGCACCUUUGGGUGCCAGGGAGACUUUGGGUCAGGGGUGCUCGGGGUGGGAAGCAGGCACGUGGGUACCAAGCACAUCCCCUCAGCCACCAGUCCCCUCCAGGGAGCAGGAGGGCACUGGGCACUUCCCUCCCCCUGGAAGGGACAGCCAAGUCCCUGCUUUGUGCUUUGGGAUGCAGCAGUCCCCCACCUCACUCUCCAGAGCAGUGCCAUCCAAUCCUUGCCCUCAGGGCUCAACUUUUGGGGAUCCAUUCUGUCCUAACCAGCUGUUCAGCAGGGCAGGAAUGAGCAGCUGGGCCUGGAACAGAGUUUACAUCUCACACUAAAUCUGUCCUUGUUCCUUGUAAUGUACUGGAGGAAAAGGAGUGGAGUAUGAAGAACACACUUGGUUCCAGUCACACUGUGCUAAAAUUUAAUUUUUUUUAAAGACAGUUAUUUUUGUACACUGGAAUUCAGCAUGUUGUUUUAAGGUUUGUAAGAGUAAAAUGCUUUAUCAAAGGACUAACACAAAUAAAACUUUACAUGAGAAA